CGGAUUCCUCAUCAGAUUCGUGUUAUUGGUUUUCUCUAAGGUCACGAGCUAGUGGAAAUAAAGCUCAUUCUCUUUUACAGAUGUUGCUCUGAAUGACGGUUGGAAGAUCAUAAAAACUAUGAUGGCUAAUGGCUGAUAUCAAAAGACAUACCUGAGAAAAUUAAAUAUCACUCAAAUGUCCUCAAGUGUGACUGCUAUGGCUACUGAAGCAUAUUGGUGUUGAAACUACAAACAUGUUAAAAGUCAUGGAUGGUUAUCAUCUGCACAACAUGACCAACAUGUAUGCAGAAGAUAACAUAAAUUCAACCAUUUUUCCUGAGAACUCUACCAGCUGCACCGUGACACCUGCGUUUGACAUAGAUGUGACUAAGACACUGGCUUUGGGCCUGGUGCUGAUGCUCUUCCUAAUAUUCGGUGUGAUGGGUAACAUCCUGGUCAUCCUCUCCGUGGCCUGCCAUCACAACUUUCAUUCCGUGACGCAUUAUUUUAUCGCCAAUCUGGCUGUUGCAGACCUGCUUCUGAGCUCUGUGGUGGUCCCGUUGUCCGCUGCAUCAGAAGCCUUGGGCUGCUGGGUAUUCGGUCGUCAUUUAUGUAAUGCCUGGACUGCGCUUGACGUGCUGUGCUGCACGGCAUCCAUCCUCAGCCUCUGCGUGAUCUCUGUGGAUCGCUGGAUCGCCGUCAGUUACCCGCUGCAGUACCCUUCCUUAGCUACAAGCCGAAGGGCAGUGGCGGCAGUGGUGGCUCUCUGGGCCCUUUCAGGUGCCAUCUCAGUAGGCCCACUGUUAGGAUGGAGGGAUCCAAUGCCGGAGGAUGAGUCCGUGUGCAGAGUUAAUGAAGAGCCGGGGUACACCAUCUUCUCCGCCGCAUGCUCUUUCUACGUGCCGUUGGCGGUGAUUUUGGCAAUGUACUUUAGCGUGUACAUAGUGGCCCGGCAGAAGACUUGUUCCAUGAGUCAGAGCAGGCAGAAGAAUGAGUUAACUGAGAACGGAGUGACACUGCGGAUUCACUGUCAUAACGCCCAGAAUGCUGCCGGGAAGGAGAAUGCCACCCGCUUGAAGCACUCGCCCUUCGCCUUCAUUAUUAAGUUCUUCCAGGAGAAGAAGGCGGCUAAGACUCUGGGUAUUGUGGUGGGCUGUUUCGUGCUCUGCUGGCUGCCUUUUUUCAUAGUGUUGCCCAUGAGAUCUAUUUUCCCAUCUCACAGACCCCCGGACACUGUCUUCAAAAUUACUUUCUGGCUGGGCUACUUCAACAGCUGCCUCAACCCCAUCAUCUACCCGUGCUUUAGCCAGGAGUACAAGAAGGCCUUCCAGAACGUUCUCCAUGGCCGCUGCCUCAGCAGAACGCACAGGACUUGGAGCCCUCCGGCCUCUGGUCAAGACCCUAUGACUCUGCAUGGACCCAAAUCUCCACAGGGUUUACCAUCUGGAUUUACAGACUCCUGUACGGAUAGUAAUGCAUCGCCUACUGCUGUAAUAGAUGAGUGCUCAUUUACUACACAGAGCAACAGUGCUCUGAAUGCACCGCAAACAUCUCUGAAAGUUCAUGAAGUUUCCAUAAUCAAGAUGGAAGGUGAGGCUGUAUGAAAUGUUUUUGAAAGACUAAAAGAUUUCAAAGACAAACUUUUAAGGUAUUUUACAAAGACAUUUCUGUGGAAUGGAGCAAGAAAUCUGGAUCUGGCUAGAUUUCGUAUACAGGAGCACCACCUUGUGGCUUGUUUAUAAUAUGCAGCUGCACUUUUGUUAAGUGUAAAACUGAGGAUUCAUACAUUUUUAGAGUGUAAAAAUCCAGCUUGGUAAUGCAAUGACUGUUGACAAAGCUAUUUGAAAUAACUUUUUUUGUGUGUGUAAUUUUUUUUUUCGAGGCCUUUUCAGGGUCUUCAAAAAAAGUGCUUUACAAAUACAAAUAUAUACAUAUACAUAUACAGUGGAGUGGAAAAAAUGUGAAAUGCUUGUAUUUUGCAUCGUUUUUAUAAUCUUAAAUACACUGUAAAAAAGAAUUGUUGGUUUAACUUAAAAAAAGUUACCUGGUUGCCUUAAAAUUUUGAAUACAACGAAGGCGAUUGGUUUAAUCAACAGAAACUCAAAAUAUGUUAUCUGAACCACAUUAAUUAUAAGUUGAUUUGACAAAAGAAAAUAAUGUUGUGAAAACAAAUCAUGAAAAUAAUUUUUACAGUGUGGUGAAAUCUAAAAAUAGAAGUUCAUAAAAUCUUAAACAUUUCUUCAAUUUUUUGGUUAACACUUUACAAUAAGGUUUCAUUUAGUUAACUACAUUAGUUAGCAUGCCAUGAACUAACGAUAAACAAUACUUACAGCAUUUACUAAUCUUAAUCAAUGUUAAUUUCAGCAUUGCUAACACAUUAUUAAAAUCAAAAGUUGUAUAUGUUAACAUUAAUUAAUGCACUCUCAACUAACAUAUACAAACAAUUAUUAAUUGUAUUUUAUUAACUAACACCCAGUGUUGCCAAUUUAGGGAUUUUGUCACUAGAUUUAGUGACUUCACCGCCCCUUUUGAGACUUUUUUCAAAAGUUUAGGGACAAAUCUAGCAACUUCUUGGACAAACCUUAUCUAGAUUCUUAUUUUGCCCACUGAUCUCUAUUCAUAUUUAUAUAGAUCAAGGAUUUUGCCGUUAUGAUGUCAUCUAGUGACAUUUAGCUACCAGUUUUAACUGCUUUCAAAGGUUAAUAAAUGCUGUGGAAAUAAUGCUCAUAGUUAGUUCAUGUUAACUAAUGCAUUAACUAAUGUUAACAAACGAGACCUUAUUGUAAAUUGUUGCCAAUUUUUGUUAUAACUUUUCUGUUUAACAUUUUUUUUUUUUUUUUUAAAUCCAAAAAUUUUAUGGGGUUCGCAGCUUGUUUUUUUUUUUUUUUUUUUUUUUUUAAUUGAGAACUUUUGGACAAUGAUGCCAAAACACUAGUAGUGUUUCUGUACUUUACAACAGUACUUGGAUUCAAAUAUUAUGUCUUUUGUCAUAAUGAUGAUAAUAGACUAUUAAAAGUCUCAGUAUAUGUUAGAUUCAUUUGUCUGCUCGACAUUGCUUUUGAUGGUUUCCUGAUGCACAUAUACUUUAUAUUAAGUGCAAAUUGCUGAAAUUCAAGGACAGAGUAGAGAAAAGAUUUCUUUUUUCCCUUUUAUUCAUUUUACGUUUUUGUAACAUCACCAUCCAAGGGAUUUGACACUUUUCAGCGCAAGCAAACAUCCUCAAACAGCACAGCCAACAGAAUAAACACCAGCACACAACAGGUUCACUUCUGGACUGGGGUUGGUGGGGAAAAGAAAGUGCCGGGACUAGAAAUCAUUGGCAACCUCAGACAGAACCAUCUUUCAGUUCCCAUCUGCAUUUUACAUAGAUUACAUACCACGCAUAGAAGAACAUUCAAGCAUACAUAGCAAAGUGUGUGUGUGAGUGUGUGUUAGUGCCGACAGCUGCUCUGGGAUCAGAGGAAAUGCUUAAGGCAUGUUUAAUUUGAACUCUUGCAUAUGCUCAUAUGAUGUCUCAAGGAAAACACAUGGAAAACUCACAUAGGACAAUUCUGUUCUCAAUUUAUGCCAUAUUUCCACACCAACUUAAAUGAAAAGAAACUAAUUAGCUUAAUAUUUUGUCUUCAAAAAAAAUAAAAAAAUAAAAAUCAUUAAACUAAUCAUUAAGUUUAAUUGAGAAGCAAAAUUGUGGAAAACUACAAAUUAAAAAAAGAAAAAAUCUUAAAUUGAGUUCUAUCUCACUGGCAAACAUACACAAAAUUGUUCAACCAAAAAAAAAAAAAAAAACUGUCCAUGAGGUAUGGAAGAAAUAAACAUAAUUCAAUACUCCCAUACUGAUAAACGUGCCACCAAGAAAGGCAGGAAACAGAUUAUGGCAGCUUCUCUUUUGGAAAGGUGGGUACUGUACAGAUAUGGUUUGUGUUGCACUGUAAUCACAACUUGGUUGAAAUGAUCCAGCCAUUCGAUGUUGUUUUAAUAGCACCAGACCCAGAAGGGUUGCUAGGGGCAUAUGCUUCCGAUGUGUAAUGUGUUGCCAUGACAAAUAAAAGAGUCGUCAUAGUAACAGUAGAAAGGCAAUGAGGUCAGCAAGAAACGAACAAGAAACAGGAAGAGCGAAAACAAUCACAACAGUCAUGAGGUGAUGACUAGAAGAUAUAGCUACUGUGUGGGGUCUACAGCGGCCCUUCUCACCGCCAUCCCAUCAGUCCUUCCGAACAGAAUGAAUCAUUAUAACCUUCGCGUCAACCUCCACUUGAGAGACGCAUUCCUACAGCAAGCGCACAAAGACAGUCACGGUGCAACAACAACACGUAGGCCUACGUCUCUCGCUUUUUUCUCCCGCUGUAGUUUGGCUUGAUGAACGUACGAUUUAUGUAACAAAACUAAAGAACAUGAUUAAAACGAGUCAAAAAUAGACACAUUUUAGUGAGGACAGGAUAAUGUCCUGAUAACUUCUACUUGGAGAACUUGAACAAAACGUCAUAACCUAUUUUUGUCGCGCUUUCCAGUAAAAAGAAAAAACAAGAAAAAUUUGCAUGAGAUGCAAAACUGCAUAAGAAAUGAAGCCUUGUAUUUUGAAUUAAAUUUAUUUUUCUUACGGCAUUCAUACAAGGAAGAAAAAUAAAUUUAUACAUCAAAAUUAUUAUUAUAAUUUUUGGUCUAUGGGAUAACCUAAACUUUUUUUUUUUUUUUUUUUUUUGCAGUGUAAGUUUCCUAUGGAGCCCCUAAGGGGGACAUAUUGGUGGAAAAAUAUGGAGGAAAAAUUAUAUUUGAAUUUGUGUUUUUCCUCCUGUUUCACAUUAUUAACAUUAGUACACUUUUGCGAGUGAACGCAACGUUUCUCUGAGGAACACAAAGGUUUUGUGAGCAAUACAAGGUUUCUCAGGGGAACGCAAAAGUUUUGCGAGAGAAUGCAAAAGGAUUGCAAUGAUUCUUCCUCUCCAUACAAUGUCCCUUUAGGGGCUCCGUAUUUUCUUCACUUUGGAAGAAACAAUUGUGUGUCUUUGAGUACACACUAAGCAUACAACAACAAAGCAGCAGUGAAUAUGCAAGGUUAAACCUCGUCAGUGCUGGAAUGAACUGGAGCUUGUGUGCGUUUGUGUGUGUGUUUCUCUGUGUUGAGUCACAGAGGAAAAGGCAAGCAAUGGAGAAUGAUGAUACAGGCCAAGAUUUUGCUGAUGUGCAUGAGGGAAAAGAAAACAUCUGGAGGACGGGUUUACUAAAUGAAAAACAGACUAUACAAGAAAAGUUCCGCCAUCGCUAAUCCAUGUCGAGAUUUAAGCAAGGCACAUUAAAACCAGUUAAAGUCUUUUUAUUACUACUUUUUACUUUAUACUAUGCCUCCUUCAUCUGGGCUGAACAUAAGGUUUAGCACCUUCCACAAAAUGUGGAUUAUCAUUAGUGUUAAAGAAGUCAUAAAAUUAAAAUUACAGUUUUGUGGCGUUUAGUCGAUGUCUUAGUUUUAAGGCUAAUGUACUCAUAAAUGUUAACAGAUAAACACAUUUAAAAUGUACAGUGUUUCUCUUCAGGAAAAAUGAACCAGAAAUAGGCUAUUGAUGACUCAUCUUGUACUACACAUUUUUGUCCAAUCAGAUGCACUCUAGAAUGAGAAUGUCCCUCCCACAAUACCACAAGCAACCAACCAGCAUUAGCAAAUACCAGAUCAUAAUUAAUGGCUGUGACAUACCCUAAAGCCAUUUAAAAUAAAAAGAUGAUAUUUCCAUGUGUUCAGCUAAACUUCCUGUUUCAAUAGAAAAUGUCAAACACAGGAAAAGAAAACAUCAGCUAACCUAGCGCGCUAGCUGCCCAAUGCAUUGCCCUGUGUGCUUUUAGGGCAUGUUUAUCAUGUUUUCAGACCAACUUGGGUGAGAAACAAACAGAUUAACAGAAAAUCUCUCAUUCAUUCUUUGAUCAUAAAAAAUACAACAACAACACCAAAACAUGGAGCUGCCAUCAGCACAGCUGUUGAAAAUCACCUUUAACUUACUAUGUUUUAUUUUUAUGAUAUUAUGACAGUACGUAGCAUUUUAAAACUGCACUAAAAUGGAUGUCGACAUUAAGAAUGGCGCUGACAACUCAUACUCAGAAAAGCCUUUCAAAAGCACUAUGACGAUUUAAGAGAAAGAUCUGGCACCUUUGUAUCGGUUAACCGGCUAUUUUACAUUUAACAGCCUUUCAGUUGUUUCAAACAAUAAACAUGAACAAGCUUGUAGCAGUACUCAAUGUGAUCAGUACAUCUCCGGCACAGCUUGGAGUUAAAGGUACAAAAAAGGACACAUAAGCGUAAGUUUGCUAUAUCACAUUUGUUGACAUAAAAAGUUGCGGCAUAAUCACUCGAUACUGUAAAAUCUCACGACUCACAUGGUAUAUUUGUACUGCGCUGCAACCAAACCUACAGAAACAUCUGUCUGGGUUUUUUUGGCCCUUAAGCCCAAAGUAUACUUCAAUUUUUUCACACACGCGUAUGUAAAUUUCAUCGCGGAAAUGUCAUCAGCACAGUACAGAGCAGCCUGACUUUUGUAAACACGUGUACUCUGUACGAUCAACAUGGGUUUUGAAAAAAAAAAAAAAUAUAUAUAUAUAUAUUUUUUUUGCAUUGAUUAAUUUGUCCACAAGUUGGUACUGGCCUUGGUCGUUGUUUCAUAGUCGAAAAAGAAACGGAGGGAGUUAGUGCUUGUGUGAGGGGCAACUCUAGUUUAAACGAGUAAAAAAGAGAUUUUUAUAACAACUUUGAUGAGAAAUAUCGCAGACACUGAACAAGGAUGAAACAUUCUAAUGCGCAUAUGUCGAGCAUCCAUAUUAGUCCAGUUUUCCCACGGAAUUGGGCUACUUUAACACUGUUGCCGCGGAUUGUUUUUCAUGUCUGCGGGUUGAAGCGACCCCAAAUAACGUUAUAUUUAGCCUCUGGAAUGCGAAUUUUAUGAGGGGAACCCCACCAAAAAGAGGAUUUUAGCGAUUGGGAGGGUUAUGUUGUGAAAACCUGGCAUCCCUCUUUGAAAGGCUAUUUGUUCAGCUGUACCGUAUGCAUACGCUAAGUGUUUGUGUCAAAACUGAAGUAGACUUUAGGCUUUAGUGCAUUAGGAAACUGAUACUAAUUUCAAAGCGUCACAUCCACGUUGUUCUUAAAAAGAGACAUAACAGCAAAAAGACGAUUCUUUGUUGCAUUUCCUUUAGUUAACACCUGCUAAAUUCUCAAUAAUCCCCACAGUAACAGCCCACUAUUUCUUCACGGCCAAAAACAACCUUGACUCUCUCCUGUUCUUAACCAAUAAGUAUUAAAACAGCUUGUGUAAAAAAAGUUUUUUUGGAAUGAGGACAAAACGAGGAACGUUUCCAGCUAGAAUCACUUGUGGUCCUCUCUUAUUUUCUCCAACAUUGCUAAGUUGCUUGUUUUUACAUGCCGUUUCUUCUUCAAUAACAUUAACAUUGUUAAUUAAAUAUCUCUGGUUGUGAAACACAUGGUUUUUAAUUAGCAACCACUGGAAAAGCUUUCUUUUAUUGACUGGUACAGAAAUCGCAUUGAAUGCUACGGAAAGGGCGCGGGCAGAAUACGGUCAGGUGUUCAUUUUGAUGUAAACUGAGUAAAAAAAAAAAAAAAAAACUUAAUAAAAAAA